UUGCAGGAUGGCGUAUGCAUUUCAACGUUGAACAUUGAAGGUGGGAUUUGUGAACUGAACGAAGCCGACUUUGACGUUACUGUACGUCCUUCAGUUACAAGAAAACAGCUGAACGAUCAUAUCAGAAAUACAGGACUAUUCUUUCCAGUUGAUCCAGGAGCUGAUGCUUCAUUGUGCGGCAUGUGUGCAACUUCUGCAAGUGGAACCAACGCUGUUCGAUACGGGACUAUGAAGGAGAAUAUACGUAAUCUUGAAGUAGUAUUGGCGGAUGGUUCCGUUUUGCAUACUCGAGGAAAAGGAACGAGAACGAGGAAGUCAGCAGCCGGCUACAAUCUCACUGAACUUUUCACUGGUUCUGAAGGUACUUUGGGGAUCAUCACGCAAGCUGUUCUGAGGCUACACUCCAGACCGCAAGCACAAGCUGUAGCUCUCUGCCAUUUUCCAACAGUAGCAGACGCCGUGAAUUCAGUCGUGGAAAUUCUGCAAAUUGGAAUACCUAUUGCCAGAAUUGAAUUCAUGGAUGAUGUACAAGUGGCCGCAUGCAACGCCUACAGUAAACUGAAUCUAGCCGAGCAACCAACCCUUGCACUCGAAUUUCACGGAAUGGACGAACGCGAAGUGGCAGAACAAGCCAAGUUUGUUGGAGAGGUCUGUGCGAACAAUCAAGGUUCCGCGUUUGAAUGGGCCACAGAACUGGAACAAGAUGGAGACGUUGUGGAGAAGCUCGGCAAUAAUGCUUAUUAUGCUGCAUUAGCCUUGAGAACUGGAGCUAGGGGUUUCACCACAGACGUAUGUGUACCGAUUUCCAAACUGGCAGAGACAAUCGUACAAACAAAACAAGACUUGGACGAGUCGGGACUGAAAGGUUUGCUCCUUAUGUGUUUCUAUACAUAUGUCCCAGUGUCCUACGUUUAUAUUGAAUCACUUUGUCUACUUUUCCCAAAUACGUGCCAUUUGUAUUUACAAAAGAAUCGAACCAGCUGUAACCCUGUUAGUUACACAGCGCGCGGGUGCACGCUGAGACGUUGCCAACAGUAG